UUGGAUGUAGGCAGUUCCGAAUUCAGACGCAUUUUGGACGAAAAAUUCUUAACACAAAAUGUUCAAAUCCAUCUUUUUGAUAGCCUCUUUGGCUGCCUACACUUUGGCCCAAACAGCCGAUUACUGUUCAUCCUCGUUGUGUUCGGGAUAUAAGCAUAUUGCUUGCGGAAACUCCGGGGCUUUCGCACCCUCUUGCGCAUCUGACAAAGAACUUAUUCGCAUGGAGCCUUAUAUUGACAUAAUUGUAGCGAAGCACAAUGCCUAUCGGAAUACAGUCGCUGCAGGUGGCCUUCCCGGAUUCGAACCAGCCUUAAGAAUGGGAACCAUGCAAUGGGACUCCGAAUUGGCCUAUCUUGCUGAGCUCAAUGUGAAACAAUGUGUUAUGCAGCAUGAUUCAUGCCGCAACACAGAUCGCUUCCAAUGGUCAGGUCAAAAUUUGGCAUGGACCUGGGGUAUUCCAGCUGCUGAUCCUGGUAAAGCUUUCGAAAAAGGAAUCGAUAAUUGGUUCAAUGAGUACCAGAAUGCCAACAUGGAAUAUAUCAACAGCUAUCCAUCUGUCAGUCCUGUCAUUGGUCACUUCACCCCAAUCGUGAACGACCGCAACAUUCGUGUGGGCUGCGCUCAAGUUCGUCAAUCCUCUAAUGGUGGCACUGAGUAUUUCAUGGCCUGCAAUUAUGCUCAGACCAACAUCUUGGGUCUUAAAGUUUACACAAGCGGUGCAACCGCAUCGAAAUGCGUCACUGGUACUAACCCAGCAUAUCCAGCUUUGUGCUCAGUGAACGAACCAAUCGAUCCCAAUACCAUCUUCUGAUAUGUUUAGUAUUGUAGAAAACGGAACUUCAACCUAUAAAUAAAAAAAUAUAUCAAAAUUGAAAA